AUGGUGGCAACCUUCAAGAUCGCCGUGCUGGGAGCCCAGGGCGUGGGCAAGAGUGCCAUAGUCAGGCAGUUCCUCUACAACGAGUUCAGCGAGGUCUGUGUGCCCACCACGGCCCGCCGGGUCUACCUGCCUGCCGUCGUCAUGAACGGCCACGUGCACGACCUGCAGAUCAUGGACUUUCCCCCCAUCACCGCCUUCCCUGUCAACACCCUGCAGGAGUGGGCAGACGUGUGUUGCAGGGGGCUCCGGAGUGUCCAUGCCUACAUCCUGGUCUAUGACAUCUGUUGCUUUGACAGCUUCGAGUACAUCAAAACCAUCCGCCAGCAGAUCCUGGAAACAAGGGUCAUUGGCACUUCGGAGACACCCAUCAUCAUCGUGGGCAACAAGCGGGACCUGCAGCGGGGCCGGGUGAUCCCGCGCUGGAACGUCUCCAACCUGGUGAAGAAGACAUGGAAGUGUGGCUACAUCGAGUGCUCGGCCAAGUACAACUGGCACAUCCUGCUGCUCUUCAGUGAGCUCCUCAAGAGUGUGGGCUGUGCCCGCUGCAAGCACGUCCACACCACCAUCCGCUUCCAGGGUGCCCUGCGCAGGAACCGAUGCACCAUCAUGUGAGCCCCCCUGCCC